UCCACUCAAUUCUGCCACCAUAUUGAACUGCCAACAUUGAUGAUUGCAGGCUGCAACAGCCGUGUCUCACGGCGCACCAACACGUCACUGAAGCUUCCGGGGCGCCCUACUAGACAGUCGCUCUCCUGCAUAGGCCGCCAUGCACCGCCCUCAUGUCGACUGUCGAGGUCUUGGCUCUCGAGAAGAGCUUCGUCGGCAAGGUUUCCAACGACUAGGUACAAGUUUUCUUCGGACUCAUCAUUUAGGUCCAGGUCCGUUCGACGUCAUUCCCUCACAGGCUGUGCGAACAUACAGAGCAUACCGACAAUAAGUUACCUAAUCUGGAUUCUGGAAAAUGAACGGCUCGACGGCGACCUGACGUUCGUUAGACGCCGGCGUCCAGCAUGUUGUUUGCACGGCAAGCUUGGAGUGCCGAUCCAACGGCGCUGCCAGCGACGGGUUCUUGGGGAAGCUGGAAGCUGCGAAGUAUUAACUCAUGGCAACCUCAUUCAGUCUACAGCAAGUAUUCUUGCACCGACAAGUUGAAAGCUCCAACACCACCGAUCCGUGAGCACCUAAUUUGGCUAUGGCAGCAGCAGCGGAUUUUUACCGGUUUCGCUGCGCUUCAGCGAAUGGAGGCAUGACCUUGCCGAGCCGACGCGAAAGAAAAGCGUCCUUGAUCCGAGGCUGCCAUGAUCUAAUAUUACUGACGGCGAUGUGGAAGCAUUGCUACUACUAACGCUACCUAGUAUGGCGUUUUAGGCGGAGCGGCUAACCAAGCCCUGGAACGACUUGCCAGGCAAGAUCUCUUGACAAAACCACGGACAAGGGACCAUGACUUGCGAUCUCUGAGACCGAACGGUUCUUGUCAAACUGUGGGCCAGGAGCUCAGGUUCAAGUUUC